AUGGAGCAGGCGUCACAGCCUGACGCAUCCGACAGCGGCGUAGGCUUGCCAUGGCUGCGUCUCUUGGAGCAGCAGCAGGAGCAGGAGCGCCUGCAGGAGCAGCAGGCGGCACCUGGAUCCCAGCCAGCGGCUGCUGGAACAGACGAGGUGUCAGCACCGGCACAGCCGGCCUUGGAUAGAGCCGAGGUGGAGGAGCGGACAGCAGCAGGAUCGCCCCCAAGCCCAUCUCAGGAGGGAAUGGAGGUGGAGCUAGCGCCUGGGCCAUCCGGCAGCGGCCGCCGCUUCAGCCUGCAGCAAUUGUGGCAGCGGCGGCAGCUGCAGCAGCCCCAGCCACCGGCAGCGCACCAGCGCUGCCCCCAGUCACAAGGAAUGCCGCCUCCCGGCCACCUGCUGCCCUCACGUGGACUGAUGGACCACCACCGCCACCAGCAGCAGCAGCAGCAGCAGAGCCGACACCCACCCCAACAUCAGCAGCAGCAGCUGCAGGGACAGCAGGCCGCCGUCGUGGCAGGGGCAGCCGUGGCAGGCCCUUCUGCGCCGCAGCUGCAGCCGCAGGCAGCCGAGGCAGCGACCCCCCAGGAAGGCGCAGCGGCUGGGACCAGCAGGGGACCUGGCACAGGCGGCGGCAGCGGCAGCACUGUGCACGCGGCAUUGGGCGGUGGCGCAGGCCCCUGCGUCGGCGAGCGGCUGUCCUGGCUGCCUCCAGUGGUGCUGGAGGAUUAUCUGCCGGAUGAUGUGGCACAUGCCAUGCGCGAGGCUUGCGGCAUGACCGACCUCUACGCCUGGCAGGCAGAGUGCCUGAACCUGCCGGGAGUGAUAGAGCACGGCACGAACCUGGUGUAUCAAGCCACGUAUGCACACGCCACAUUCGGGCUGCCACGCAAGCCAGAGUUUGUCUGCCGUGCAGCCCCAACCGGCAGCGGCAAGUCAAUUGUGGCGUGGACGCUCAUGCUGCGCGCUCUGGCACGGCACAAGAAACGCAAAGCACUGCUGGUGAAGUGCUUCUAUGGCGCGCGCUACGAUGCGGCGCCGCUGGGCCACUCCACUGGCGUGCUGGUCUGCACAUGCGAGAGUGCCAACAGCUUGCUCAACCGGCUGCAAGAUUCUGGAGUGGAUCCAACCGGCGAGUUCUCAUGCGUUGUGUUGGACGAGGCACACAUGCUGCAAGACUCUCACCGAGGGGCUCAGUAUGAGAUGCUGCUGGCCAAGCUGAGAUACAAGCAGAGAACAGCUGAGGAGGAGCCGCAGAAGGAGAUGAGGCAGCAGCAGGAGGACGGCGACGACGCAUCUUGCGAGAAUGCCAGGGGCAGCCAGGCGCUCUUGCCGCCAGCUCAGCGGCUUCAGAUUGUGUGCAUGUCAGCCACGCUGCCGGGACCCGGGAGCUUUGCGAAGUGCCUGGGAGCCCGCUGCUAUAUCACAGACUUCCGCCCCAUUGCGCUCAACCACUUUCUGGACCCUCUCUGCAUAGCGACUUUAUGCCAAGAGGCGGUAGAUGAGAGGCGCAAGGUGCUGGUGUUCUGUGCCACCAAGGCGUUGGCGGUGCAGGAGGCCAGGCGCCUCAAGACGCUGCUUCAUGCGCCCGAGCAGCGCAGCAGCGCUGCGGCAGGGGAGAGCAGCCGUGAGCGGCGCACACGGGCGCACUACGCUGCCCAGCUGCGCGCGCUGGGGGACCCAGACUCGCUGGCGCUGGCAGAGCUGGUGGAGGGGGGGGCCGCGUACGAUCAUUCCAAGGUGCCUGGGACAGCAAAGGCGCUCGUGGCGGACGCCUACCGCGAAGGAGCGGUGGCCGUCCUCUGCACCACCACCACCCUCUCCUCCUCUGUCAACCUGCCCGCCUUCCGCGUCGUCUUCCGCCAGGCGUGGGUGGCAACCAAGGGCAACUGGCUCACCCCGCAGCAGUAUCACCAGAUGGCUGGGCGGGCAGGGAGGAAAGGGCUGGAGGAGGUGGGCGAGGCGUUCCUGGUGCUCAACCCUCGGGAGCCGCCGCCGAGGCAGCACCUGCUGUCGCUCAUCAGCAGCGACGUGGCACAGGCUGUGGCGAGCCGCCUGGAGCCGGAAGUCGCUGGCACGCCCAGUGGCCUGCGAGGCGCCAUGCUGGAAGCGGUGGCCGGCUGCGGGGCGCGCACCAAGGAGGAUGUGUUCCGCUACCUGCACCGCUGCACCAUCGCGGCAGCAAGCGCCAGAGACAUGGAGGCCCUGCAGCAAGCAGCGAAGGACGCGCUUGCCUGGCUGGGCAAGCCAGACGGCCAGAAAGAGCUGGCAAUGAUUGAGUACAGCAAGGAUGCCCACCAGUACCAGCCCACGCCGCUGGGGCGGGCAGUGGUCGCCUCCGCUCUGCCGAUGGAAGAAGCGCUGGUGAUCCGGGCCGACAUGCUGCGGCUCAGCCGGAGGCUCAGCCUGCUCUGCGACCUCCAGCUCUGCUACCUCAGCGUGCCGCCGUUCCACACCCAGCAGAUGCUGCCACAGCACUGGAAGGUGCUGAGCAAGGCGGUGCAGGAGGCAUCCCAGGACGAGCUGGUAUGGGAGGCACUGGGUGGCAUUGGCAUCUCGCAGGACAGCGCGGCCAUGGGCUACCUGCACAGGCGCUGCCGGCAGGCAAACGCGGCCGUAUCCGGCAAGGGGCGGCCCUACAUGCCCGAUCCCAUCUCCGAUGAGCGGGACAUGGAGCGCCUGUGCAGCCGCCUGUACACCGCCCUGGCCCUCCAGGCGCUCAUCGCCGAUGAGGCAGACGAGGGGCAGGUGCAGGAUCAAUUCCAGCUGGACAAUUUCAGGGAACUGCGGCUGCAUUGCAGCCACUUUUCCGGCAAGGCGGCGGCGUUUGCCAGCAGGCUGGGGUGGACAUACAUGGCGGCGCGCCACAUCAAGUAUGGCUCCAAGCUGGAGGUCUCGUCGCUGACUGAGCUGUCGGGCGUGGAUGUGGCCACCGCUCGCCUGCUCUUCAACUCAGGCCUGUGCACGCUGGAGGCUGUGGCUGAGGCCCGCCUCGAGGAUAUUGUGGAGGCGCUCAGCCACACCAAAGCCCAUAGGAACAGGAGUACCGAGCAGGAGGCCGCUCAGAGGCGCCAGAAAGCCAGGAGCAUCAAGACGGCUGCUGCCGAGAGGGUGGAGGAUCCGCUGCGCGGGGUGCGGCGCAACAGCCAAGAGGAUGCGCUUGCAGGCCUUAGGAAGCGGAGGAAGGAGAGGCUCGGCAGAGGCAAGCGUGUGAGGGAGCAGCAGGCGGGAGACGGGCCUCCGUUUGGCAAGGUGCCUGGUCGUCGGCAAGAGAAGGCUGCGCAGCAGCAGCAGCAGCAGGAGGAGGAGGAGGAGGAUGUUGAGCAGGAUGCAGAAGAUUUGCCGUUGGAGGAGGAUGAGGAGGAGCUAGCAGAGGAGGAGGAGGAGCUAGCAGAGGAGGAGGAAGAGGCUGGGAGUGACCAGGAGGGUGCUGAGGCGGGCGGCAGCGAGGAGGGCUGUGCGGCAAAGCGGCGCCGGCUGGCAUCUGAGGCAGACUUCCAGGCAGAAGCACCCCAGCAGCAGCAGCAGCAGCACGGAGUGUUGCCAGCCAGCCAGCCCCAACGCCGGCAGGAUGGCGACUUGGCGGCCCGGCUGGCGGCAGCGGGGCUGCCAUCGUCGGGCCUCUUUGUUCUUUCAAGCCAGCAGGAGGUGCGCAGCUGGUGCGGGAAGCUGCGGAGCGUAGGCCUCCCCUGCAUCGGCUUCAGCCUGCACUAUGCUCCCGGCGGCAGCAAGGCGCCACACAUGCAGCAGCAGCAGCUGCUGCUGCCUGAGGCUCCCGCAGUGCUCAGGAAGCGGCGGCAUGAGCUGCAGGGCGCCCAGCACCAGGAGGCCCCACAGCAGCAGGUUGCCUCGAUGGCCCCAGGGGCGCUGCUGGGCACAGCACUGAGCUGGGCAGACGGCGCGGCUGCUUACAUCCCGCUGUCUGGCGGCCUUGGUGCCAGCCAAGUCGACGGCAUGGCUGCGGAGCUUGUGGCGUUGCUUGGUGAUGCCGCCUGCGGCACCCCCCAAACCGGCAGCGUGAGCCAAGCCAGCGGCGGCAGCGCCAGCAGCCGGGGCACAUGCUUCAAGGCCACCGUCUCCCUGCAGCAGCAGCUGCCGGCCCUGCAGCAGCUGGCCGCGCUGCCGCCGGGGUCGCCGGGCUGGCGCGCAGCACUGCCGGCGCAGAUUGUCGACGUGCGCGUGGCAGCCUGGCUGCUGCGCCCCGAGAACUCCGGCCGCCUGUCAGCCAGGAUCGGCGUCGGGCCGCUGCAGGCUGCCCAGCUUGUGCUGAGCAAGGUGACGGGGCACCCUGCACGGUACCAUGGCGCAUGUGCCGGGCUGACGGAGGCGGCCGCCACGGGGCAGCAGCAGCCGCUGGUUCCAGGAUGGCUGGAUGCGUGCUGCACCGCGGCGGCCUCCCGAGCUGCCUGGGAGGAGGUGCAGCCGCAGCUGCAGGCCAUCAACGGCAGCACGAUGGCGGUGCUGCUGGAGCAGGAGAUGCCGCUGGCUGUUGUGCUGGCGGGCAUGGAGGCUGUGGGGGUGGGCAUCGACACGCAGCACCUGCAGAGCCUGCGUUCCCAGCUGGAACAGCGGCGCAAGGACAUUGAGCUCGAGAUUGCUCGGGCGCUUGGCAGGAGGCUGGACCUGUCCAAAUUCAAGGAGGUGUCCGACGUGCUGUUCGGGAAGCUGGAGGGGCAGCUGGGUCUGCAGCCGCCGCCCUGCGCCAAGAAGCUCAAGCGCGGCGGCUACAGCGCCAAUAAGGAGGUCAUGCAGGCGCUGGUGCGCCUCAACCCCGACUGCCCCCCCGUGGUGAAGCUCAUUGCGGAGCACCGCAGGCUGGCGUACAGCGUGUGGUUCAUUCGGCAGCUGCUGCAGUGCGCUCGCGCCGGCGCGGCCCUGGCGCAACAGCUGGAGCCGGCAGCUGGGGCGGCGCCGCUUGGGCGGGCUGGCGGCGGGCCCCGAAUCUGGACUGUGCUGCACCAGACCAACAGCGACACAGGUGCGGGGGCUGUGCUGCUCGGGCUGCUGCGGCGCUGUUGCGUGCCCAGGACGCACGAGCUGAGGAUGCUGCUGAAAGGCACCGCAAGGGAGGGGGACGACGUGAGCGCCAGCGGGCAGCACAGGCUUCUGGAAGCCAAUGUGCGCAAGGCGUUUGUGGCCGCGCCCGGCUGCGUGCUGCUGGGCGCGGACUAUCGGGCCAUUGAGCUGCGCAUGAUGGCGCACUUCAGCCAGGAUGAGAAGCUGCUGGCCACAUUCCAGGAUGGGCAGCACGACCCCUUCAGGCUGCUGGCUGCCAAAUGGCUGGGCAAGGAGCUGGGCCAGGUUUCGCAGACGGAUCGGCAGUUGAUCAAGCACUUGCAGUAUGGGAUAAUGUGA